CCAAGAAAGAUGUCUGGUAAUAACUGCACUGUUGUGACUGAAUUCAUUAUUUUGGGGUUAACGGAUGAUCCAACUCUUCGUGUCAUCCUCUUUGUGAUAUUUCUGAGUGUCUAUGCAGUCACAUUAAUUGGUAACCUUAGCAUAAUCAUAUUGAUCAGAAAUAGCUCUCAGCUUCACACUCCAAUGUAUCUUUUCCUCAGCAACUUGGCUUUUGUGGAUAUUGGAUUUUCCUCAUCUGUCACCCCUCUCAUGCUCAUGAACUACCUUGGGGACAUUAUUUUAAUUCCCCUUGGAGGUUGUAUGGCCCAAAUAUGUUUUGGGGCCACCUUUGGGACAACUGAGAGUUUCUUGCUGGCUGUGAUGGCCUAUGAUCGGUAUGUGGCCAUCUGUAGCCCCCUACUGUAUUCCACCAAUAUGUCAACUAGAGUUUGCACUCUCUUACUCAUCAUAUCCUACGUGGGUGGUUCUGUGAAUGCUUGGACUUUUACUGGUUGUUUAUUGAAUCGUUCCUUCUGUGGACCCAAUAAGAUCAAUCACUUUUUCUGUGAUUAUUCACCACUUUUGGAGCUUUCCCAAGCCCAAGAUGAUCUGGCAGAAAUUCUUCCUGCUGCCUCUGCUGGAUCAGUAAUUGUGAUCACAGUGUUAAUUAUCCUAAUCUCUUAUGUAUACAUCCUCUUCUCUGUCCUGAAGAUAAGCUCCACUGAGGGAAGAUCCAAAGCUUUCUCAACUUGCACCUCCCACCUAACAGCAGUGACACUAUUCUAUGGGACCACUACAUUCAUUUAUGUCAUGCCCAAGUCCAGCUACACAAUGGAUGAGAAUAAAGUGGUGUCUGUUUUCUACACUGUAAUGAUCCCCAUGUUGAAUCCCCUGAUCUACAGUCUAAGGAACAAUGAAGUAAAAGUUUCCCUUAGAAAAUUGAUGAGUAGGAAACACUUUUUUUCAUGA